AUGGUAGGAUUGACUCGUGACAUAGAACCUUUUCUACAAGCAUCAAGAUUCUUCGGAUGUGGACCACACGUUAUAACCGAGGAAGAUAUUUUAAUUACGAAACGUGGCAUGAUAUACACGCUUUUAUGGAUGUCCAUAUAUCUGAGUACCUGUAUCAUUGGCCUCUAUUUAAUAAUCGUCGAUACUGAACUCGAGUACAAGAGCUUCUUGUUGACCUUUGCAAGAACAAGUCUAUCUUAUAUUUGUCUCUUUACCGAUGCUAUUCUCUCGAUUACCUGGAACUGGAAGAUUCAUGCUGCCUUCGCCCAAUUACGAAACUUCGAUCGCACCACGAGAUUUAACGAACGUCCAAUUAAAAACAAUAAGAUUCGUCGCAUGUGCCAAGCUUUAGUCUUAAUUACUUUCUUGGUUUGGUUUGCCGUUGGAUAUACGAGCUACUGUUGCGAAGAAUCUGCGCCGAUGUUCAAUGGGAUCACUUAUGGGAUGGUGAACGCUGCGAUAUCGAUGCAGCUAUUGAAAUUUGUCGGAUUGUCCUUUCUCCUCUAUCAAAGAUUUCGAAGGCUUUGUGAGAUAUUGUUACUUUCCGAAGAUGGAAAGAUCAUGGUCCUGGAACGAUCGAGAGUGAAUUUUCGUUUGGAAGAAAUAUGGUGGUUACAUUGUUGCUUGUCGAAUGCGACUCAAAUCAUAAAUUCGGUUUAUGCGGCUCCACUUUUCUUUUGGAUCAUCAGUAUGUCUUUUAACACUCUUUCGAGACUCUAUACGAUCAAUGGAGGUGACGAAUUACCGACUCUUUUGCUGGUACGAGAAUCCUUGUUGAUUUCUGCUUGCGUCGGAAAUCUUUUUUUGAUCAUAGCUAUUUGUCAUGCUACGGCAUCUCAGGCAAACGACGUCGGAAAAAUUGCCUUUUCACCACUUUCCUCAGUCAUCGGAAAACGAAAUUUCACCCAGGAUAACAUCGAGGCUGCGGCAUAUUUUCAGCUAAGGAAAGUCUAUUUUUUCGCUGCCGCUGGCUUGAUUCGCAUCGAUCUGUCUCUUCUUCUUUCCAUAGCUUCGGGAAUAAUGACAUAUCUGGUGAUUCUACAUGCCAAUAACGUGUGA